CCGGAAAUCACGUGAGCAGAUUCCAGCAACAAUCCACCUGCGCGAGCGAGCUGGUGGACUUCUGAUGCUGUGCGAGACUGGCGAAAGAGGAGUGAACACGAAUCAUCACGAGUCGAGGGGAAAAGUUGUUUUUAUACCCACACCGGUUGCUAAAUUGUAGCUUAAAAGCAGAGGAAUGGAUUUGAGGACGUCCUGCCUUUGUUUAUUCAAUAUUAUUCUCCUCGCAGGCCCAGCCUGUGGACUACAGAUCACUUCCACUGGCCCCACAUCCAUUGAGAAAGCCAGUGGAGAGACUGUGAAGCUGGACUGUCAGUUUACUCUCGCUGCUGAGGAUUCUGGGCCUCUGGACAUUGAGUGGAGCCUGCAGCCCUCUGACAACCAGAAAACAGAGCAAGUGGUGAUUGUGUACUCGGGUGACAGGGCCUUUGAACACUACUAUGAACCUCUUAAAGGAAGAGUCCACUUCAACUCCCCUGACCCUAAAAAUGGUGAUGCCUCUAUGAACAUCAUGGGUCUGAAAGCAACCGACACAGGAACCUAUCAGUGCAAGGUGAAAAAGGUUCCUGGUAUCGGCAGCAGGAAGGUCCUCCUAACCGUCAUGGUGCGCCCCUCUAAACCCAGAUGUUAUGCAGAGGGUCAGACUCAUGUGGGGAAAGAUAUGGUGUUGAGAUGUAGCUCUGUGGAGGGCACACAACCACUGCAGUACAUUUGGGAAAGAACCACAGGCAAUAAACUUCUGCCACCCCUGGCAGUGCUAGAUCCAGUCGGGGGCACCAUGAGUCUGAGGAACGCGACUGAGGCAGCUUCAGGAACGUACAAAUGCAUUGCUAAAAACCGUAUUGGAACAGAAGAGUGUUUGGUGGAGGCCAACAUCACACAACCCCCAAACACAGCUGGCGUCAUCGCAGGUGUAGUAAUCUGCAUUCUGCUGGUUCUCAUUCUUCUCGCCCUCCUCCUCUUCUGCUGCUGCCGUGCCCGCAACAAGAAGAAGUACGAGAAGGAGAUUGCCUAUGAGAUCAGAGAGGAUGUCCCCGCUCCAAAGAGUCGUGUUUCCACUGCACGCAGUUUCACCAGCGUGGGCAGCCAGCGCUCCUCUCUGGGCUCCAUGUCUCCCUCCAACCUGCAUGAGUACACCAAGCCCCAGUAUGACAAGAUACCCUCUGAAGAGUACGAGAGGCCCCCUAGUCACGCCCCUAUUCCCCCACCAAGCAGAAUGGCCGGCCCCAACCUCAGCCGCAUGGGGGCCAUCCCUGUCAUGGUCCCUGCCCAGAACAGGGAUGGAUCCAUUGUGUAAAUCUGAACUGGGAUCAUUCUCCAUUUAAUUUAGACUGUCACUAUUCUAUUCAUUGUUCUAACGGAAUUUGUGAAGGAGCAAAUGAAGGUUUCUGCAGAGAGUCGAACUCGGCUGUACCAUCUCUGAUAAUACAAUUUGACUCUCAGAACUUCAACACACAUUAACAAAAAACUUUAUUCAAUAGAAUGCAGAAAGGUGAUUGAUUCAUCUGCUCCUGUUUUGUUAAUUAUACAAUGCAUGAUGUUCUUUUUUCUUUUUAAAAAUAGAAGGCCCUGUCUAAUAUAAGGCACUUGAAUUGUUUGCCUAUUAAGUGAUCUCCAGAGAUAAAAUGAAACCCAUUGAACUAAAUUAAAUGUAU